GUAUCUCGUCUCAGACAUAAAGAAACAAUCAAACCCGUAGCCUUAGAGAAUAUCUUAAACACAGAUACUGUACACCCUUUUGUGGAAGUUUCUUUUCAACACACUGUAUAUCAAACCAACACUGCAAGUGGAUCUCAUCCAUGCUGGAAUGAAGAAAUUAGUGUGGACUUCAUCUCACCAGGACAUGAUUACAGCUUCUCAAGUUUAUCUAAAAUAAAAGAUAAUAUAUAUAUCAAUAUCUUUGAUGAAAUGAUGAUUGAAAAACAUGAGGAUCGUUGUCUCAAGAGCUGCAUGUGUCACGCAUAUGUAAGGAAGAAUUGGCUUGGGUCUAUUGUCUUCCCUUUCUCUGCUCUUCUGCAACAAUCUGAGUUUUCAGAUCAAAUAGAUGUUUUGCAAAGAGCACAGAGUUUUAAAAAAAAUUGUAAGGCAAUAUUUCCAAAUCGAAGAAUCACAACUACUGUUUUUAAUGAUGAAGGUAUACAGAUCUUAGUAACAAGAUAUAUCAAGGCAUUAAAUCCACCUCAACAACUUCUAGAUAUUUUUCUUCAUGAUUCAAAUGCAACACUUGACCUCAUCGCUCGAUUUGUAUCUUUGAUUCCUUUGAUGCCUGAUACACUGGAUGAAAAUGGCAGUUCUGAUAUAUGGAUGACAUCAGAGCGUUGCAUCAGUUUGGCAAUAGGAAACAAAGAGGAGCAUGCCAUACUUCUCUGUAAUUUCUUUUUGUAUUUUGGAAAGAAAGCCUUGGUCCUCCUGGGAACCUCAAUGUUGGAAGGACAUGUGGCUUAUGUCUUAACUCAGGAAACAGAUGAAUUUUUGCUUUGGAACCCACUGACUGGGCAGUGUCAUAAGCAGUUUGACUCAUUUUGUCCCUUACAAAGUGUAGACUGUUUAUUUGAUGAUGGAAAUGUAUGGUUUAAUAUUCAACAAAAUAAUACACCAAUGGCUGUAAAUUUUGACUAUUCAAAGGAAAGUCUCUGGAAACAGUUGCUUCCAAAACAUGUUCAAGGGACCAAAGCACAAAGCAUACAGCCUAAAGAAAUAAUUUAUUCAGAUACUAAUAAAAGUAUGGUUGAAGACAUAAAGAACAGGAUUGAAAGGACUCUAAAAUGUAAAAUGAUGGAAUGGCGACCUAAACAGCCAACACGUUGGAAUCGACAAUGCACUUCUAUUUUGCGACAAAUCCUCCCUAAGCUGGAACUUGGAACAGGAAGCUUUGUUUCAUGUGAAAAAGAGAGUGAAUUUGAAAGACUACUACAAUUCUAUUGGGUCUCCGGAUUCCCCAUCCAGAUGCCGUACACUGAUGUCCAGUCAGUUAUUGAUGCAGUAUAUAAAACUGGAAUCCACUCUUCUGAAUUUCCCCAGACAGAAUUUGCUCUAGCUGUAUACAUUCAUGCUUACCCAAACAACAUAUUAUCUGUGUGGGUCUAUGUGGCUUCCUUAGCCCGACAUCAGUGA